AUGAUGAAGACGAAUAUCGAGCAGAGGGCGAUAAGUUUGCAGCUUUUGGUCAUCGGGAUUUUCGUGUCGGCGUGUGCGGCGUACAGCGGGGACGAAGGGUCGGCGGAAUAUUUCCGUGGUCAUGAGCCGCGGGGCGUAGACGGUAACAAGCAGUUGCCGGUCAUACUGAUGCACAAACAAGCGUUGCAAGAGGACGGCGGGUUUCAGUACGCUUUUGCGGCCGACAACGGUCUUCGACAAGGCGAGUCGAUCCGACCGGACGGAAGCCGGACCGGAGCGUACUCGUACACGGACCCCGACGGUAAAGAAAUCUCCGUCAAGUAUACAGCCGGUAAGGAUGGUUUCCGCAUAAUUCAGGGCGACCACGUGCCAAAAGCCCCAGUGUCCGUGGUACCACUACAACAGCAAUCGUCGGCGCCAGCUUACGUUCCAUCGCCGCCUUCCGGCCGUUCGUUGGCUAAGAACAGAUUGUUUGGUGCGCCCGGCGGACCUGGUUCUCAAUUUAGCAGAGGCGAUUUCAACAACGCUGGCAGAUUUGAUCACAGUAGCGGAGAAGCUUUUGGUGCACCAUCACCGUAUAAAUCAAAAUAUUCCAAGCCCCAACAACACUACAGAGUGCGCGAGGAUAAUAGUGCCGAACUAGCUGCUAGGUACGAUGACGACGGAUCUUCUACAUUCGACGGUGCCGGAGAUUAUAGCAGCCACAGUCCGUUCCGGGCACCUUCGUCACCGGUACAUGCAGCCUACAGUGGCGCCAGUGAUAACUCACAAAAAGAUGACGGCAGUUUCAACAGCAACGAGCGACAACCGCAUUCGUUCGGUAGUGGUUAUGCAUUCGAAUUUGGCGGUAAUAACAAUAACGGUGGAUCGUCACCUGAAUACUAA